AUGUCCGCCGUAUCCCCAAUCUCCUUGCAAAGUUCACGGCCACCUAUCAUACCCGAAUCAUUCUCCGCAAACCAACCAAAGACCAUCAGACUAUAUCCCCUUUCAAACUAUACAUUUGGCACCAAGGAAACACAACCCGAGGAAGACCCUUCAGUGCUUGCGCGCUUGAAGCGCUUAGAAGAACACUACGAGCAGUAUGGAAUGCGCCGGACCUGUGAAGGCGUACUAGUAUGCCACGAACAUAACCAUCCACAUGUUCUCAUGCUACAGAUCGCAAAUGCCUUCUUCAAACUGCCUGGUGAUUAUCUGCAACACUCAGACGAUGAGAUUGAAGGGUUCAAGGCAAGAUUAAAUGAGAGACUUGCGCCAGUCGGAUCGCAAUUCACUGGUGAAGGAGUCAAUGAAGAUUGGGAAGUUGGCGACACCCUGGCGCAAUGGUGGCGACCAAAUUUUGAAACAUUUAUGUACCCUUUCCUUCCAGGACAUGUUACUCGACCGAAAGAGUGCAAGAAGUUAUAUUUCCUUCAGCUUCCCAAGAAGAAGGUUCUCUCAGUCCCCAAAAACAUGAAACUCCUUGCAGUACCCCUCUUCGAAUUAUAUGACAACACGGCGCGCUAUGGACCCCAGCUUUCGGCUAUCCCCCACCUAUUAUCUCGGUAUAACUUCGAGUUUGUUGAUGAGAACGAUAAUGUUGUGGCCGUUACACCCGGUCACCAGGCUGCCAAUGGAGUACAUCCAAAGCCCAAAGUUCUGGCAGGCGGAGAAGACACCGCGAACGGACAAGAUAUUGGGAUGGAUGAAUUCGCUCCAGGUGACCAGGAGUAA